AGUGACGACAUUUGUUGGAUCUGUCUGGAUGGCACGAAGGACCGGGACCCUCUUAUCAACCCCUGCAGAUGCCCGCGCAAAGUGCACCCGCGCUGCCUGGCCCGUUGGCAGCUGCAACAAGCUGGUCGCCUAGAGGAAACGAACUGCAGGUUUUGCCAAAGCAACUUGGCGGACUGGAAGGCCAGCCUCACGCCAGAGAACCUCAAGCCAGACGUGCAGAGGGUGCAACCGAUCAUGGUCGUGUACUUUGAGGGGCAGAUCCACAGAAUUCCUGUGAAGCAAGGCCCGGACGGACUUAAGGAGUUUACACAUCGCAUCCGAGAGCUCUUUCGCUUGCCUGACGAUGUGGACAUCUCCCUUACGUUUGGCUGCAAAGAGCCCUUGUCCGGACAGCACCUCAAGCUUGAAGGCAUUGGCGCUUUUGACGCUGCCGUACACUGCGCCUCUGUCGCCGCUGCUGAGCGC